CGAGUAGAAUACACAGUUUUCGAGGGUGAAAGUGAGCUUAAUGAUGUCACAUCGAUCCCAUCACCACAAUCUCUGUUGUCCAGUGUUAUUCGCCGAUAUGGUUGCGAAUAAAGCACAUGCUGUCCGGAUCGAAGAGACUCUGAUUCGGCUGUUGUUCAGUUCUCAAUCGCGUUCCGGAUUAAACAGUUGAGCUAGUUGCGUUUUCCAAUAAUCCGGGUCGAUCGAUGAUUAGCCGCACUACUUGAAUAUAUUAUACAAAUUGCGUGCGUGCCCUAUGAAUCAGGGCAACAUGUUUUCAAUCUCGAAUCGCUUUCGAUUGCCCUUAUUUACGGCACCCAUUUGCAUCCUGAUUUGCGUAUUUCUGUUGGAUAGUCAGGCCAGGAGUAUAGGGGAUGAGUCCCAGGAAAACACGAUUACAGAUGAGACGGCGGAGUAUCUGCGAUCCUAUGGCGCGUUGAUGAAGUCCUACAUGAACUUGAGCGUCGAUCCGUGUGAUGAUUUCUACGAGUUCGCCUGCGGAAACUGGAAGAACGUGAAGCCGCCUCGGCAGGCCAGCCACAAGCGGAGCAAUCUCCUGGACAUUGUCUACACUCUGACGGACGUGACGGAGCAGCUGCUGACCAGGACGCAACUGGCGGAGGCUCUAAAUGUGUCUUCCGAGCUCCUCGUUGCACAGCGCUUCUACAAUUCGUGCCGCACUGCCGCCGACUUUCCAGCCGCCGAUCCCGCUUAUCUCUCGCUUAUCAGGUCGAUUGGUGGUUUCCCCGCCGUCGAUGGGCAGGCUUGGAACGCGUCCAGGUUCAGCUGGUUCAACAUGAGUGCCCAUCUCACCAACUACGGGGCCAACGGACUGAUCCUCGAGGAAAUCAUGCCGCAAUAUCCCUUCGAGCCGUACUUUAAAUUGCCUGAGCUCGGCUUCGAUUACUUCGUUCACACAGAUAACAUGGUAAAUUCAAGUUCACGGGCUUACACUUUAAACGAAAAGCGAAUGCGUGGCUACUUAAAUGCCUUUAAUCUCACAGAGGAUAAAAUCUCCUCUGUGAUCGAUGGAGUCUUUGACUUUUGGCGAGAGGCGGCCGCUGUUGAAGACAAGUUCGGAGGUGAAAGCGAUCAGUGUGUGGCUCUUGAAGCACCUGCAUUUGGCCAAUGGAGGAGCUACUACGAGAUCGCCUGGAAUGGUCUGAACUUCGAUAACGGCACGGACCCCAGUCAAUUCUGCGACUUUUACUACACGGAGUUGGAGAAGGUGUGCGCCAAGCACCAGGAGGCAGUGGCCAACUAUCUGGCCAUGGCGCUCCUAUACCGCAUGGACUCCAAGCUGAAGGAAAAGAAGCUCCAAAAGGAUCACUGUCUGCUGACCGUUCAGUUCACACUGGCCCAUCUUUUUAACAAGCUUUACAUGGCGGAACACUUCAGCGAGGAGACACACUCCGAGAUCUCUGCGAUGGUGAAGGAACUGCGAAAGUCCCUGCGUCAGGUCCUCGAGAACGCAGAAUGGUUAGAUACGGAGACGCGACGAGAGGCGCUGCAGAAGGAGGCCAGCAUCACGCCAGUGAUUGGCAGCUACAGGAACGAAGAGAUUACCAGCCUCUUGAUCGACGAGAUCGGGAAACUAUCCCUUGCCGACGAUAGCUACGCACAGAGCAUGAUCAACAUGCGACGUUUGGGCGCCGCAAUUCGACGACACAAUGGCCGGAAUUUCGAGAAAAUAUCCAACGACUCGAAGCCGCUGGAACUGCUCCUUGGAAUGCAGGUCAAUGCCUUCUACUACAACUUGGACAACUCGAUCUACGUGAUGGCUGGCAUACUGCAUCCGCCAGCGUACCACCGUUUGUGGCCCGACUCCCUGAAGUUUGGCACCCUGGGCUACCUGGUAGGUCACGAGUUGACCCACGGUUUCGAUACGGUGGGCUCCCUUUUCGAUGGCAGUGGUCAGAAGCGGAAUUGGUGGUCCACAAAGUCGGAGGCAGUGUUCCAGGAUCGAGCAAUGUGCUAUGUGGACCAUUAUAGCAACUACUUGAUACCGGAGAUUAAUCGAAAGAUCAAUGGAGCGGAAACCAAGGACGAGAACAUUGCGGAUGCUGGUGGAUUGAGGGAAGCCCUCGCUGCCUACAGGAGCCACAUGAAGCAGCUGCAAAGGAGGAUGGAGGACAACGAGACAUUGGCACCCCAAAACGAACAGAUGCCUGGCCUCGAUUUGUCGCCGGAGCAGCUCUUCUUUCUCGGCUUCGCGCAGCUGUGGUGCGCCGACUACGAGGAGGAGCACUACUGGGAGGAGCUUACCAAGGAGCACACCAUCGAUAAGUACCGCGUGUUGGGUGCCGUCUCAAACAGCGAGGAUUUCGCCGAGGUCUACAAAUGCGCUCUGGGGAAGCCCAUGCAUCCGAAAGCCGAAUCCUGUCGCGUUUUUUAGUCUGAAGUGAUUUUUACCAACAUAAUAUUAACAAAAAUGCUGUAAUGAUACAUUAAAAUGUAAAAAGAAUCUAUAA